AUGAACAUAUUUAACUUCGCGAGGACGGAGAAGAAAAAACCCAGUGAAAGUCAGGCGGUGUAUGCGAGAAAAGGAAGAUCAUAUGACAGUUCAAAUGACGAAUGUAGCAGGUUAAAAAUAAAAGGGGGAGAAUUAACCCCCAUGGGAAGUGAAACAACGUGUGGGGACAGUCCAAAUGCGGGGCGCACAAAUGGAUACUCAUUAAAUAACAUGCUGAUGAGAAAAAAAAUGGAAAAUGUGCAAAAUCACGAAUGGAAAAUAAAACAACCUGUCUUAUUUGAUGACAAAUCAGGAAAUUACAAAAAAAUGGAUGUCCUCGUAUACCCAGUUUGUGAGCAAAAUAAUUUUUAUCAUGUAAAGGAAAAAAAAAGUAACCCCCCAGGGAGGUGCAUACGCGAAGGCAGCGCAAAUCACCCAGGGGAGGGCAAACAAACGUGCACACAAAGGAAUUUUCAGAAGGGGCGCAUAAAUGAAGCUUUUUUUACGUGUGGAAAUAAUCACAAAUUGGAAAAAGACUUCACCCAGGGGGAAGGCGAAAAAAAAAAAAAAAAAAAUUCCCACGCGGGAGAAAUGUUGUCUGAGAUGGGUACUCCGCACGACGGAAAAUUAGUUCACUAUAGUCAUAUCGAAUAUGCCAACUCGUCAACUCAUCAGUUAAAAAACGCAAAUGGGAUGAACUUCCCAGUUGGAUACAACGCAAGUGAUGGUGUGUGUUUUUCCUGCAAGGAGAAAAUCCCUGGGAGGAACGUUUCGAGGAUAAUUACCAAGGGGGGAGAAACGGAAUGGUCCAGUGAUGCGCCUCACCGAUGUGAUAGGCCGCUCUUCUGUGGUGCCCUACAUCGCUAUGGAGAUGUUGACGGGGGAGGAAAAACGAACCCCCUCAAGUUGUGCAAAAGCAGGAGUAAGCAGCACACGGACUGGUGCCCCCUGAAUGGCCGUACGCAUAUGACGAAGGCGGUUAGAAGCAACACUUCCCCAUUUGUCAAACGGGUGGAGGUGGUGAGGCAGAGAAGUGCGUGCGGGGGGGUGGCAAAUAAGUCAAGUUUAAUGUGUAGAGGGGGGGUACCCAGCAAGUGCAGCUUAACAUGUGCAGACGGGGUGGACAGCGUCGCGAGGAGGGUCUGCCGGAUAACCCCAGAUUCUACGCCGCAGGGUGGAAGAGGAUUGAAGCAUCACGUUGAGGGUCACCGCAGAAUGCAUAACGUUGCCAGGUCGUUGAGCGAGGUACUUCUAGAAAAUGCUGGCGAAGUGGGGGAGAAGCCCACGGAGGGGUUAUACUUCGCUAUAAGGGGACAAAUGGAGAAGAAGAAGAAGCAAAACGGUGGAGAUAAUCUGGUGGCAUAUAACUGCCCAGCCGAAGUGAACACAUCUGGGGAGGAUGCCCCCGUGAUGGAUAAGCACGAGGAAGACGUGCAUGAGGAAGACAUGCACGAAGUGAGUACUCGGGGGGAGGAGGACACCCGAGAUGUGUACAUAAUGCAUGACGCGGGGGGGGGUGAAAAUGUUGCAAGUUUUCCCCACAUUGACGAUGUGAAGAAGGGGAAGACGUCCACGCGUGAGUCCUUCACUACUGAAGUGAGCUUCGAAAAGGGGGGGGACUCCACCGACGGGAUAGGCCAAGGGGCGUCCAAUGUUACGCCCAACGUGGCGCCCUAUGAGAGGCGUACCCCCGACGUAAGUGACCGCGGGAGGAAGGCAAAGGACCGAGGAAAAAGCUGUGAGGAGGAUUUAGGGAUAAAGUGCAUAAUGCAGUUGCUGAUGGUGUUGGAGAGGGAGCGGCGGAGGAGCGGGAGGGGGGGAGAGAAAAAAGGGGAGGUGGUAAAGAAGGGAAGAAGAGGCAUUCGCGAAAGGGCAGAAGGGGACGCACGGGUGUACUUUGCGAAGUAUGUGGAUCGGGUAUUUAGUCAUGAAGGGGAAGCAGCUGAGGGGAAAAGAGAAGAAACAAUCAACACGAGUGGGUUAAGCGGUGGAGUAAACAGAGGAGGGCCGGAGAAGCGGUGCGCCGCUUUACUAGACAGGGUGGAAGACCAUCUAGGCGCCCUGGACAUCUCGCUCAACGAAAUUUUGCAGCUGAACAAGGUGAAGAAAAUAUUCUGGUACUUGUACAUGAAGUUUAAACUCGCGGAUAGCAUCACCAUCGAGAAAUUUUGCGAACUGCUGAAGGAGAAAAUAAACGAGGAGAUGAGUAAAAACUAUUUUAAGGAAUACGUCAUGUGGGGAAACUUCCACUCAUUCUGCAGAUACAACGUAGGGAAUUUCGACUACAAAAUGAUGAUUUUGGAAAAUCUAUUUUGCCUGCUAAAAUCAUACCCUCUGGAUUAUGAAGAGAAUAAGGGAUGCUUCUACAUGCUGAACCCGCAGAGAAACAAAAUGAUGCAAAGCUCAAGUCUGCAUGGAGAAAGAAAUGCAAACGUACAUUUGGUGAAGAACAAAAUGAAUUACCUCAAGUUGACUAGAGAAGUUAAUACACAUUUUAAAAAUCAUUUUUUUUUUCUGGACAAAAUUUUCAUCCCCAAGGAUGCCUUCUUCUUCGUAAAAGAUGUUGAAGAGGUCGGGUUGAAGGAUGGUGAGAGUAAAACUUUAUAUGUGCAUCAGGCCUUGGUACAAGAUUUAAAUGAAGACUCAGAGGAGAAGAAUGCCUUCGAUGGGUUUUAUGCUGGUAGUCCUCCAUACCAGUCGGAUUAUUAUCGGUACAUGCGGAAAAAGAAAGUUCAGAACAAAAUGAGGAAGAUGAAGGAGUUCAUUUUGUAUUACUAUGGCUUUCCCUCAGUGCAGCAUUUUUUUGAGGCCCUCCUCGAAUUUGAGAGAGAGUAUAAAAAGGCGCACAGGGGGUGCAGCUCUCUAGACGGGAGAGUUAUCGAGGAGGCCGCUCAGCUGUUGGCACUGACCGGCAAGUUGUACGCUAAGUAUGGGGAGAAGCCUCAUGUGAAGGGGUGGAGUGAUGCACACGGGGGAGUCAUUCCUCCCCGGUGGGGCAGCUCCAACUUGAAGGCGUGCGCCCUGGAGGGAGAGGAAGCAAACUGGGGGGAAAAGACAGCCCAGGUGAACAGCAUCGCAGAGACGAACGAAUUGAAUCGGCACCUCGGAGAGAACUUCCCAGACACGCAAAAGAGGCACCACUCGGAGUGCACCUAUGAAGAGCAAAUGAAGGGGGACAUCGCCGCGACGUUUGCCAAGUGGAGGGAGGGGGGUCCCCACGAUAGGCUAGAAAGGGACUCCCUAAAAGGGGACUCGCUAAAAGGGGACUCCCUAAAAGGGGACUCAUUAAAAGAGGACUCCUUAAAAGCGUACUCACUAAAUGCAUACGCGAUAGAAGGGGACUCCCUCAAAGCCAACGUCCCCAGGGAAGAAGCGGGGAGUGGAGCGGCCGAACCGUACUGGCUUAGCGAAACCAUCGAGGAGGUAUCCCCCACGUACGAAAACUUCUUCAACACAGUUGACGCGUCAAAGAAGGUGAAAGAAAUCAAUUUGAGGACGCUAAAAUUAUUUACAGAAAAUAUGAGGAAGGUGAAAGGGUACCCAAAUUUCACCUCCGUAGAUGAAGUCUUCUGGGGCAUCUGCUUCUCAGACCCAGAUUUGCCAAAACAUAUUCUAUUUGAGAAGAAAAUAUUUCCCAAAAAUGUGAACUUUAAUGGUUUCAUGAAAAGCAUGAGGUAUGUGCCUUAUGUCAUUCCGGAUUUCCCCGUGCCUAGUAGACAUUUUAUAUCGAUGUAUAGAAGUGAAAAAGCUAAUGAGGUGUUUAACUCGAGAAAUGCUUUUUUAAAUCUGUUGAAGUAUGAGGGGAAGAAUCGAGAGAUGGUUCUCCUGAGAAAUAAAAUAACCUCUGACAUUGUUAAGUUGUUCGUUUUUCUUUCAUCCAGUUUGGGCGUUGAGACGGGAAGGUUUGGGAAAGCUGCGGGGGUGCCACAUGGUGACGCGGCCCCCAUGGUGGACUCCUCAUACUACAUCAACUACAAGAACUACUUGAGGAAGGGGAGGGAGUGUGCGGCCAAUCGGGGGGAAUAUGACGACACGUCGAGUAGCUGCUCUUUGGAUUAUAUUCCCAGCAGUUUGGACGACGAGAUGGGGGAGGACAACUGGGGGGGCUUCUCCACGGGGGAGAAAAGCGAAAGGGGCGAACAGGAAGAAGAGGGAGAAGUGCCGCACCAAGGCGACCAUAUAACCCAUUCGAUGUUAAACCAUGCGAGUCUUAAAAGCGAUAAAACGGAGCAUCCAUACCGCACGAACAACCACCCUGAUGAGGGAAGCCCCAACUCAGUGGAAGAACUACUCGCGAAGAAAAAUAAAAAAAUGUCCUACAAAUAUGUACCCAAGUGGCACAUGUCAAAUGAUAUGUUUUUGUCUCGACUGGUAUCCUUUGAUGAAAUACAAAUUUGUUUGGAGAAAAUAUAUCCUCUCUUCAUGAUCCAGACGGCGCUAAUUUAUAUGAUUCACAUUUCGUGUUGUACCUUGGAAGAGGAUGAGUGGAGGUACUUCUUCGAGGGCCCCUUUACUCUGUACAAUAGCUUAACCCCCGAGGAGGUAGCCAUGCGGUAUAUAAAAUUAAAGGGGGGACAAUUCUUCAAACUGAGCAAUAUAAAGUUUAACAAAAAUAUAAACAUGCAUAACGUUUUCAUGAGCAUACCAGAGAAUAUGCAGUGUGCAGAAAUUUACAGACUGGCUAUAAAUGGGGAGAGCACAUCUACGGGCUACUCCGCGGAGCCCUUCGACAUAUACCACCUCAUGUUCGUUUCGAGAGUUUUUUGGUACAUUUUUUUGUACGCGGACAACUUCCUGCUUUUGCGAUCGUCCCUCUUUUGGGACGCCCCCGGGUAG